AUGAUGCUCACAUCGCUUAUAUCUGCUCUGUUGGUACUCGUCAGCGGAGCCUCCGCGGCUCUCAACGUUACAGGUUCGACAUGCACGGUAACACCUCUACCGGCCAGUGGCGGUAGGGAACCGGACGACUCGCAGCAGAUCCUCGACGCUUUUAAGCAAUGCGGGAAGAACGGUAAGGUAAUUUUGACGGAGGGGUUAUUCCACAUCGGCAAAGUGAUGGAUCUUAAAGAUCUAAGCAACGUGGAUGUUGAGAUUCACGGCACGCUGCGAUGGUCCUCGGAUAUCCAAUACUGGCUGCGAAAUAGUAUUGGUGUCGAAUAUGCCCAGCGAUCCACAGCCUGGCGUAUUGGUGGCCAAGAUAUCAGCAUCCGUGGCUUCGGCAAGGCGCUGUUUGACGGCCAGGGUCAGCUCUGGUACGAUGAGAACCGCGGCGGAAGUAACCAAGCCGGGCGACCGAUCAGUUUCACGCUUUGGCAUGCUAAGAACGUCUUCAUUGAUGGAAUCACCUGGAGACAAAGCCAGUUCUGGCAUACUUUCGUCGCAUAUAGCGAGAACAUCACUAUGACGAAUCUGGAUAUGAACUCGACUAGUAACAGCCAAUGGAGCACCGUGAAUACUGACGGCACUGAUACCUGGAACUCGAAGGAUGUCUUCAUUAAGAAUUGGACUGUGACCUGCGGUGAUGUGAGUGCUCUCCCCUUCCCCUAUUUCCCCCAAUUCCUAUCCCUUUCUUUACCUUUCCAUACCACCGCCACCUUCGAGAUUACCCGCCCGUUUAACUGUCCCCGACAGGACUGCAUAGCCAUCAAAGGCAACAGCACCAACAUCCAAGUCUCUGACGUGCACUGCUACGAGUCCGGGUGCGCGACGAUCGGCUCGCUGGGCAACAACCCGGGGAACGCGCCGGACUUCGUGCAGGACGUGACUUUCGACAACAUUACGUGCACGCACAGCUCGAACGCGGCCUGGGUCAAGACGUACAGCGGCAACGGGCGCGUGCGCAACGUCACCUUCUCCAACAUCCGCGCCGAGAACGUCAACCAGCCCAUCUACGUCACCUCCUGCAUCUACACCGCCCGCGGCUGCGACCAGAGCCGCCUGCCCAUCCAGGACGUCCGCUGGAUCAACGUCACGGGCACUAGUCGGUAUAACAUUGCGGCGGCCAUCCACUGCUCCGCGAGCAGCCCCUGCUCGGGAUUCAGCUUCGAGAACGUGGAUAUUCAGCCGCUAGAUGGGAGGAGCACGCCUAAGUACUUGUGCAGUAAUAUCCAGGGCCAGGCUGGCAGCGGCAUCCCCUGCACGGGAACGUGCCCUGCCGACUGGCCGCAGCAGUUGAACGGAAACCGUUAG